AUGGCAGGAUCUGGAGGAGGUGAGCUGAGAGCGCCGAUCUUCACCGGCGAGAAUUAUGAAUUCUGGAGUAUAAGGAUGAAAACCAUUUUUAAGUCUUAUGGACUAUGGGAAUUUGUGGAAAAAGGAAUCGAGAGCUCAGAUUCGAAGGGAGCUGAUUCAGAUCUGAAGAUGAAGGAGAAAGAGGGAUCGAGUGACGCUUCAUCUCUCACGGAGAAGCUCAUGAAAGAUGCCAAGGCGCUUGGGCUGAUUCAGGGAGCAGUCUCGGAUGAAAUUUUUCCUCGGAUCUCACACGAAGAAACUUCUAAGGGAGCCUGGGAUAUUCUGAUGCAAGAAUUUCAUGGAGACAAACAGGUUAGAAGUGUUAAACUACAAGGUCUUCGUAGAGAAUUUGAGGAUAUAGAUGUGAUUGAGGUUCAAGAGGUAGUUGCCUCACUGAAAAGUUUUGCACAGAGGUUGGAGAGACAUAAUGAGAACAAGACUGAGAGGGCAUUUGCGAGUUUAAGUGUGAAUCCCAAGUCUGUCAAUUCUCCUGGAAAUCAAGGAAAUAGAUAUCAAAAGAAUUGGAAGCCAAAAUACAAAAAUUGGAAUCAAAAGCCUGUCUACCAAUCUGGAAAGCAAUUUGUAGCUGCAGAAGGGGGAAGAAAUCCUUGCAAGCACUGUGAUAAGUACCAUUAUGGAGAGUGUUUUCUUAAAAGCAAGCCUAAGUGUCACUGUUGUGGAAAAAUUGGUCACAUUGCAAGGGAUUGUAAUACUAAGAAAAAUGCUCAAGGUGUUCAGCAACUAAACUUUGCAGCUCAGGUUCCUUCUACAACUACUAUGUUCUAUGUAAGUAAUGAGGUUGACAAGAAGACUAUUGAAGAUGUAUGGUAUGUGGAUAGUGGUUGUAGUAACCACAUGACUGGUAAAGAAGAUAUACUGAUUGACAUUGACAGAAGCAUAACUGCCAAGGUAGAAAUGGGAACUGGACAGUUGGUUGAUGUUAUAGGAAAAGGAAGUUGGUAG